UUGCAUACGCUCCCUAUAUAUACAAGGGUAGCUGUGCCAUCCGCAUGCUAUUGUUCUUGAGCUAUACAGCAAACGAGAAAUUGCUACUAUGCCAGAGCCGGCAAAAUCUGCUCCUGCUCCCAAAAAGGGCUCGAAGAAAGCUGUGACCAAGACUCAGAAGAAAGGGGAUAAGAAAAGGAGAAAGACUAGGAAGGAGAGUUACUCUAUCUACGUGUACAAGGUAUUGAAGCAAGUUCAUCCUGACACCGGUAUCUCCUCUAAGGCGAUGGGGAUCAUGAACUCCUUUGUAAACGACAUAUUCGAACGUAUCGCUGGGGAAGCAUCUCGUCUGGCGCAUUACAACAAGCGCUCGACCAUCACUUCCCGGGAGAUCCAGACCGCUGUGCGCCUGCUUCUGCCCGGGGAGCUGGCCAAACACGCCGUGUCUGAGGGCACUAAGGCCGUCACAAAGUACACUAGUUCUAAGUAAACUUUCAAAUCUUUUUUUCGGCUAUAACCCAAAGGCUCUUUUAAGAGCCACCCACU